GUGCCCAGGAUGUUCGACCCGACAUCGGGGGCGCGUCCCCCUGCAGCUUGUUCUUCUCGAGCGCCCGACUUAUCCUGGCCUCGCUUUCGCCGCCCCGCGGGAUGUCCGCCACUCUGCUCGGAGGUGCCGCCCAGACCAAGGUAGUGGUGGUCAGGCAGCUCCACGAGGGCUGGGACGAGUACCCGGCGCCCGCUGGAAAGGCAGGGCAGGUGAAGUUCAGCUGGGAGAGCGCCGAGCCCGCCGAUGCCCCACACAUCCACCGCCUGCGGUCGGACCUGGCGAACACCUACUACUGGACCGGCGCCCCCGUCAAGGACUACCUCUUCUUCGUGGCCAAUUGGCACCCGCUGCUUGGCAUGUUUCUGAGCCAUCCCAACCACCCCUGGUCGAAGAGGGAGCGCGUCUUGAUGUUCCUGAUCUCUCUGGCGCUGACACUGGUGCCAUCCGCGCUGUUCGCGGCCUUCUUGCACGACGGAGGGGUGGGGCAGGUGCUGGAGGUGCUGCUGACCCUGGUCUUCGUGACGUUGCCAGAUACGAUCAUCGGGCUGGCACUCUACCAGCUCUCUGUCGCAGACACGAAGUGCCCAUCCUGUGCGACGUGCAUCAGUGGCCUGGAGGGUUGCCUGGCGACCAUCGUUCUCGUCAUCGGAGCACUCUCGACCAUUCUCUCCUCAAUAAUCCUCGGCGCCGUGGGUGCGAACUGGCUCGACCUGCUCCAGCCUCUGAUCAUGGGCAAGUUGUACAGCUACGCUACUUGGUUCCCGAUCUUCCUGCUCCUGCCGUGCAUCGGCUUUGCCCUGGUCUGGCGCGGGGAGCGCAACGCGCUCAUGACAAGCAACGGCGGGACCGAUGAGCAGACCCUGCUAGCUGCUUGA